UUUGCUCAGCGUUUAAACUUAAUUUUUUGAAUUAUAACUAAAAACUAUAAUGACAAUUGAGACUGUUAAGAAAGAGGUCGUUACUAGCAGUGUAAUGGCCUCGGAUUCCAUCACUUGUAAAAUGGAUUAUAAUAAUCUUAAAGAGGAUGGUGAGUAUUCUAGUGAAAAAGAAGAAGGGGAAAUUAAGCUAACAGAAGUUGAAGACACUUCUUUAACUUGUGAAAAUCCCCCUAAACAAUCCGACGAUCGUUUAAGAAAUUCUGACAAAAAUAAGGGAGCUGACCAUAGAAGGAAACAUCGUAAAUCUAAGAGGGAUUCGAGUAAUUUACAUAUAUCAGGGAGACUCAAGUCUCACAGAAGAAAAAGUUACAAAAAGAAAAAAAAAGGGAAAAGGAAAAGAAGUCAUAGUUGGCGCCAGAGCGAUAAGACUGUUAAAGUUGAUACUGUACCACCCUCCAACCUUAACAAAAUUGGUGAAAAUACUGAUUCUUUCUUGGAAAGUGAAGGAAGAGAAGCGGCUAACACUGGCGCUUUUAAUACCGUAAAAGUUUCUUUUAUUUUGAAACCAUCCAGUGUUGACAAUAAAUCAACUCGUGAAUUUGCAGAAUCUUUUGAUAAAGAUACGUUAAGCUCGGGUAGAAUUACACCACUUAAUCAGGAUAAAGCUAAUGAGACGUGUACUAAAAUGAAUAUUGAUAAUAAUACGUUUGAAAAGUUGCGGACUAUUGACAGUCAUUCUGAACUUUUUGAGAGUGAAGAAAGAAAACGAAAAAAGGAUAAUAAAAGUGUUGAAGGGGACCAUAUUCAAGAGUAUACUGAAGAGAGAAAGCGUGUACACGUUGGAAUAGAUAAAGAAGCUAGUGUUAAGAAGAGCGAGGAUAGUAGUAUCAAACUGCGUGAACAUAAUGUAACUGAAGAAAAAGGCAAUGUUCAUAAGAAACAUCGGAAAAGUAGUGCUAAUAGGGAAAUUAGGCAUAAAGAAAUAGAAAAAAGUAGAAAUAAAGCAUCACAAAAUUUCCGAGGGCGAACUGGGGAAGUUAGGAAUAGCAAACGACGGAGCAGGAGCAGAGAGCGUGGUCGAAGUAAGGAUAGAACUGCUUACAGGCAUCAUAGUCGAAGUAGAGCAGGCCAGUACCGGACAAGAAGUAGAAAGCGAUCUCAUAGUAGAAAAAAGGAGGAAAGUUUUAAAAGCAAUAAAGACCAAAGAAGUAAUAAAGAAAGGAGCACAGGAGGAAGACGAGAUAAACAUUGUCACCGAGAGAGAAGCGGCAGUGGGGGAAGAGCCCCAGAAGCAAGAAGAACGAUUAUUGAUAAGAAUCAUCUUGUUUUAUCAGUUUCAAUGUCAAGGGAAGAAGAAGUAAGGUAUGUGAAUGCUGUCGAACAGCAGCUGGAGACCGAAGACGAGGACCUUAUCAUUGAGAAACGUCGAAAACAGAGAGAAGAGCUUCUUAAGUCCCUGUUAAAUACUUCUCAGAAGGAGGCGUCAUUAGUUAAACAAAAUGAUCAAGCCUCUGUUUCAAAAAUGAGAGAACUAAUUAGUAAACCCGCGCACGAGUGCUCCUCAUCCUCUAUUGACAACAACCUUAACAGCUUAGGCUCAUCCACAUACAAUGAGGACUUGCAGCCUAUAGAAAAAGUUAUUAACCAAACUCUUCCAGACAUGUUUGCAGAUGAUGCGUUCGAGGUCAACACAAACAAAGAUGAAAGCUUAAAUACUAGCGGCAUUCAACUUCUAGAUGCGGAUAUCCAAUUAAGCGAUAACUGGGACGAUUCAGAAGGUUAUUAUCGGACUCGUUCUAGCGAACUUUUAGACAAUCGAUAUGUGGUGUACGGAGUUUCUGGUAAAGGUGUGUUUAGUACAGUUGUUCGCGCACGAGAUACAAGGAAUGACGACAAAGACGUUGCCAUUAAGAUAAUCAGAAAUAACGAACAUAUGGAGAAAGCGGGUACUAAAGAGCUGCAAUUCUUGGAGACGUUGAACAAAGCUGAUCAGCAUGACCGCCACCAUAUUGUUCGGAUGUUCCAUCACUUUUAUCACAGAAACCAUCUUUGUAUUGUCUUUGAGGCCAUGAGUAUGAAUUUAAGAGAAGUUUUAAAGAAGUAUGGAAAGGGGGUUGGAUUGCAUAUGAAAGCGGUGAAGUCUUACGCACAACAGCUUUUUCUGGCGAUGAAGCUGCUCAAAAGAGUCAAGUGCAUUCACGCGGACAUUAAGCCAGAUAAUAUACUGGUUGAUGAGCGUAAGUCGUUUUUAAAGCUGGCCGAUCUCGGGUCAGCUCUUCACGUGGAAGAUGUUGAGCUUGCUCCUUUAUUGGUCAGUCGUUUUUAUCGCUGCCCGGAGGUCAUGCUUGGUUAUCCAUAUGACUAUGGCGUGGAUCUAUGGAGUGUUGCUUGUUCUUUAUACGAACUUUACACCGGAAAUGUACUGUUUCCUGGCAAAACUAACAACGAAAUGCUUUUUCUCAUUCAGAAAAUGCGAGGAAGAAUUCCUAACAAACUAUUAAGGAAGUCUCAACUGAAACACGAAUUUUUUGAUGAACACAACGAUUUUCUGUUACUUGAGCUCGACAAAAAUACACAGAAGGACGUUUUAAGAGCCAUCUCGUCCAUUCCACGUGGACCCACUAUCCAUGAGAUGGUGACCGGCGGGAAAAACGCAUAUUCUGAUUCGAUAGUAAAGGAGUGGGAAGUGAAGUUUUCCGAUCUUCUUGAUAAGUGCUUAACGAUUGAUCCAACGAGAAGGAUAUCAGUGAACGAAGCGCUGAAGCAUCCCUUCAUAGCAGAUCGUUUUGAAUGAAAUGGUUACUUUGCAAUAAAUGGAGGUGAUAAUAUAUUAAAGUGAGUUCGGAAGUAAUGGGGCGCAACUUAUAAGACCCCUUGUCUUGUUA